AUGUGCACGCGAGGGGCUGGCACCGCCAUGCGAUCGAGCGAAAGGCGCAUUGUGACGGAGGACAUUCGAAUCUUGAACGACGCGUCUGUCGAGAAGACCGACGCCCACGCGGGCAAGAUCGUGGACCGCCACUGGUACGAGCGCAACAAGCACAUCUUCCCGGCGUCGCGCUGGGAGACGUACGACCCCGAGAAGGUGUGGGACACUUACACCACGCACGGCCACGAGGUGCAGACCAAGUGA